AUGCUCGCGCCGAAUAGACAGCCUAGCAACUCGGACAUCCACCGAAGACGCGAACAGGUACGUCUACUUUUGAAAUUGUUUAAAAUAUCGAUUUUUAUCUGUUACCCGGGUCCCAUUAAAUUGGCUGUUGAUGGUGAGAGAUGACUCGUUGAUUGGAUGCUCUCAAUUCUCUCGAGGGACUCAACACCCCAAAAAUAUUUCAUUGUCGAGCCACCUCUCGCUACCACCGCACUCCAACGCUAUAAUUUAUAAAAGAGUGUUGUGAAAUGAGCCUGUGAGGCUUCUGACUGCCCCCCGCGCGGCUCUUCUCACUCAUAUGUGUCGUGCACCUUUCCUUCGAGUUGAGCAAUCUGCGAAUUAUUUCUGAGGAAGACGUCUCCCCGUUUCCCGUCUGCGUCUCAUCGCACUCUUUCGUUUCACAAGAUAGACAUUGUCAGAGGAAAGGUGUCGUGGUCCUUCUGCAUGGUAUAGACGAGAGACUGUGACGAAACUAGAGACGCAGACAACUGGAGUAACAUGUCUGACAGAGCACAGCAGCCGAUCGGGUUCUUGGUUGACUGCAUUGACCAAGCUGUGCAGAUUGUAUUCUGGAUACUCAAAGUGAGUCGUUUUCUUUGUCUACCACUCGGAAAGACCUGUCAAGAUCAAUUGAUCCAUCCAGCUAGCUCGUUUACCGGUAAAAACAAAUCUUUUUGACUAAUUUGAUAGGACCUUCCUAUCGCUUUGAAUGGAAAUCUUCGUUUCUCCCGUAAAUUAGCUGCAAUCCUCCAACAUCACGAAUCCAAAAAAUAGCCACACUUCCGGUGCACAAUUCCCAAUUUCCGUUUCUCCAAAAAAAAAGAAAACGGCUCAUUAGCCUCGUGCUCUCGAUAUAUUGGAUUUUAUUAAACGGAAUAAUUUUCCUCGUGAGAUCUCCGAUCACAAUUUUGCAACCAUUCAUCAUAACUCUGAAACAUUCUUCUUCGUUUUAUUUACCGGUAAAAAGAGCAAACAAAAAUACUUUCGUUUUCUACAAAAAUUGUUUCGAGCUUUGUUUACAUUGGCAGCAGAUGCUCGCUCCCCUGCUCUCGUUUCAAUUAAUCGUACUUUCGGAGAGUAAUUUCUGCAAAAACAUGUCACAAGAUAACCGCAAUCAAUAAUCCGCUUCGGAGUCGUCGUCGGCCGUUCUUCUUUUUCUUCCGAGGUGUCACUUCAUUUUCGCGCGUCCUGUCCAUUUGGCGCGUGUGGUCUUAUCAGCCACAGUGGUGGGCGCCUCUCCUCCUCGCCCUCCACCCUCAACUUUCGCUAUCGCAAUGACAGAAACACACCUGUUCUCAGCGAGACCGCUACUCAUCCCGGACAGUUUCAGAAGCAGGCGUCCUUGUUGCUCCGAACGAUGACGACGCUCGCGCAGUCCGUUUUCAUCUUCCUCGCCGGAUUCUUCAAUUUCUUCAUGCACUUCUUCCGAAAAUCGACCAGGGCGGUAAGUUGGCUACUCGUUGUGUUCGUUUCGUUUAUCAGUUUUUUUUCAGUACUGUAAAUACCAAGUUGUCAAGUAUCAAAGCAACAUCCCGAUGUCUCCGCUCACGACCCAUCGCCUGCGUAAGUUACACUUGUAGUUCAUCUGCCCUUUCUUUCUUUUCUUGACAAUUCUUUUUAUUUCUCUGUUUUCAGUGACAGUGAAACGGAAAAUUCUCGUGUUGGAUCUCGAUGAGACGCUCAUCCAUUCUCACCACGACGGCGUCCUUCGGCAGACGGUCAAACCAGGAACUCCGGCGGAUUUCACGAUACGGGUACAGGUCCAUUUUGCCCUGAACUUCCGUUCACUCUCUCCGUUUUCAGGUUGUAAUCGACAGGCAUCCGGUCAAGUUUUCAGUCCACGAACGUCCCCAUGUUGACUAUUUCCUAUCCGUAGUCAGUCAAUGGUUAGCCAUUUUCAAGUGUACGCUUCUCAAUAUCUGUUCGUUUUCCAGGUACGAGUUGGUCGUGUUCACUGCCAGCAUGGAAGUCUACGGAUCUUCGGUAGCCGACAGAUUAGACCGUGGUCGCGGAAUCCUCAAGAGAAGGUGAGUGAUUAUCACCAUGCUGAUCAUCAUGCUCACCACUUUUCAUCCAGGUAUUUCCGUCAGCACUGCACGAUGGAAGUGGGCGGUUACACGAAGGAUCUGUCAGCUAUCCAUCCCGACCUCUCCAGCAUCUUCAUCCUCGAUAAUUCGCCUGGAGCGUACCGCAAGUUCCCACGUAAGUCCACCGUACACUUGCUACAUUUCCAAUGUACUCGCUUUUCAGACAACGCCAUUCCGAUACCAUCGUGGUUCUCCGACCCGAAUGACACGUGUCUUCUGAAUCUUCUUCCGUUCCUCGACGCUCUCCGAUUCACAUCGGACGUUCGCAGUGUUCUUUCUCGAAACAUGCAAGCUUUGCCGGACCCGCAGCCCGGGCAGUACUACUGA